AAUAGCAAGGAGGAGAAGGAGAAGAAGAGAGAGAAGCGAGGACCGGAGAGAUGAAAGAGAAAUAGAGACGUAAAAAACAACACACAACAGAUGCACAUAUGCACAAAAACACCUUAGCACAACGUCAGAUGUUUCAAAAAUAAGAAAAGAAACCGAAGAGAAGAAGAAAAGAUCGAAACCUCUCCCUUUCUCUUUUGCUGCCAUUGAAACCCUAGCGACACCAUGGAUCAAUCAAUAUCUUUAUGCUGCUUCCAUUGAUUCUCAAUUUGUUCUUCUGCCUCGUCCUAAACGGAGAGAUUGAAUGGAUCCAACUCUAAUGGCCAGUAAACCGCCGCCUGAUCAGAAUCUUCUACGCCUUCAAUCCUCCGAUAGGGUUUCAAGUCGGAUAUAACGUUAAGAACCAAGAACGGAUUAAUUUAAUUGUUUGUCUUUUGCUGUUUGAUUGUUAUUUUGUUUGAAUUGGAGGGGCUGCGUGGAUAGAACUCUACGCCAAUGGCGCCGGCUAAAGGAUGUGUGUUCUUGUUGGACAAAGUCAGAAGAUGUGUACGCACGGUUAUUUUCAUGGUGGCGAUGGUGGCGUCUCUGCUGGUGUCGUCUAUGCCGGUGCUGGUGGCGAUUGGGGAUGUAUUGGUGCCAUGCGUGUUGGUUUCCAGUUUUACUUGUUUGAGUUGCUAUAGAUUUAAGGAGCAUUUGCAUAGAUACGCCUUCAAGAGCUCCUUGACGGAUAUUCCUAUUGUUUCCGUUGUCAGAUCUCUUAUCAUAAUCUGUGUUUAUUUGAUGUGUGAUGCCCCUGCUCUCUCAUAUGGUCCCUACCUUGGAACUGUGACCCUCUGUUCUGUUUUUUCAGUUCUUCUUCUUUCAGUUAAGGCUUGUGUUUUCACUGUGAAUUCUCAAAUUGAGGCUGAAGCUUCAACUUCCCUUGCAAGGCAAAAACUCCACUUGAAGAAAUCAUGGGGAAUGCCUGUCUUGUUUCUUUCAUCAGUGGUCUUUGCUCUUGGCCACACUGUGGUUGCGUACAGAACGAGUUGCAGAGCGAGGAGAAAACUUUUGUUUCACCGAGUUGAUCCUGAAGCUGUGCUGUCUUGCAAAAAUGUUUUCUCUGGUUACCAGAAGGUGCCACGGUCUCCCACUCCAACUGCAGGAAGAACCCCGAAAAGCGACAGUGAAAUGAGGCGAAAGCCAUUUGGAACUGUUCACAAUGAAGGGGAACUCCCAAUCAGAUUACUUGCUGACAUAGAUAGCUUAUUCAUUACAUGCCAAGGGCUUACUGUACACUACAAGCUCUGCUUGCCUAGCUCGCCCCCUCGCUCUUUAUCUUCUACUGCUUUUCUUGAACCUUCUCCAAGCUGUAGCUCACCGAAGAUGACAGUAGGACGGCUUAAGCUUGAGAGGCAGCCAUUCAAUGCACCAUUGAAUAUCCAGCAUAAUCUGCAUAGGAGUUACAGCAAUCAAUUUCCCAGUUCUUCCCUAUAUUCUCCACUAUUAGAUGUUUCUCCAACUUCUCCUGUACUUUCUGAAGAAAUUCCUGUUUUAAAUCUAGAUGAUUCUGUUGAGGAGAAUGAAAAUAGCAAUAUGAACUCUGAAUCUCCUGAGCUAGAUAUGGAGGAAAGUGGCCAGUAUGGUAUUGUUUUAAUUCAUGGCUUUGGGGGAGGUGUCUUCUCAUGGAGGCAUGUAAUGGGGGUUCUUGGUCGGCAGGUUGGUUGCACAGUUGCUGCUUUUGAUCGGCCUGGUUGGGGAUUAACUUCUCGGCCUCGCCGGAAGGAUUGGGAAGAUAAAGAAUUGCCAAAUCCUUAUAAGCUUGAAACUCAGGUUGACCUGCUUCUUGCUUUCUGUUCUGAGAUGGGGUUUUCUUCAGUGGUGCUUGUUGGUCAUGAUGAUGGAGGCUUGCUUGCUCUGAUGGCUGCACAAAGGCUUCAAACAUCUGUGAAUUCUUACAAUGUUACAAUAAAGGCACUGGUAUUGCUAAAUGUCAGCUUGUCAAGAGAAGUGGUUCCUGCUUUUGCUAGGAUACUCUUGCGCACUUCACUUGGGAAGAAGCACCUGGUGCGUCCUCUUCUUCGAACAGAAAUUGUUCAAGUGGUGAACAGGCGUGCAUGGUAUGACUCUACCAAACUAACAGCAGAGACUUUAAGUCUCUAUAAGGCUCCUCUAUAUGUAGAAGGAUGGGAUGAAGCACUCCAUGAGAUAGGUAAACUUUCAUGUGAGACUGUCCUUUCACCACAGAUUUAUGCAUCAUUGCUGAAAGCGGUGGAAAAUAUGCCGGUGUUAGUCAUUGCUGGAGCUGAAGAUGCCCUUGUCCCUCUCAAGUCCUCUCAAGUUAUGGCUUCAAAACUUGUAAAUUCUAGACUGGUUGCCAUAUCUGGAUGUGGCCAUCUUCCACAUGAGGAGUGCCCUAAGGCAUUACUUGCGGCUAUGUCGCCCUUCAUAAGCAGACUAUUGUUGAGAUCAGAUUUGGAAAACCAAUAGGGUACCUCUCUUUUUAAGUUAUCAAUAGGUUUGUAUCUGUUGUAGGGGUUUUUUUCGUCUUUUCCUUACCUCACCUUUCUUCCCUCGUUCUCUCUCUCUCUCUCUCUUUUUUCUUGUUUUUGUUUUCUUCCAAGCAAAUUACCCUAGAGGGGGACAAAUACCGUCUCUCCUAAGUGGUAUUUUUGGUGUAUCCUGAUUCCAUGGGGGGUUUUUAUAUAGGCUAUCACAUGUAGUUCUAAUAUGUUCUCCUUAAAAUUUUCCUCGUGAAGAUCCAAGUAAUUGAAAGCUUAUUUGAAAAGUUCAUGCUGUUUCCCACUAAGGAGUGGGAAAUGGUGCAUAUCUUGUACAUUCUUCUGAUUUGAAUGCAUGCAUUCGAGAAUGGUGUUUCAAAGUGUUUCGAAA